GACCUCCUCCUCUGCUCAUCAGCCUGUCAUCGCUCUCCAAAAAAGCCAUGGCGAGAGGAUGCAAUGUGCCGGCUAUGUGCGCAGUGCUGGGGCUGCUGGCUUCCAGCUUCCUGAGACAGUGCUCGGCGCUGCACACUAAGGGCUCCCUAUCUCUGGACCAGAUCACCUUCUAUAAGGUGAUUCCAAGGAGUAAAUUUGUGCUGGUUAAAUUUGACACUCAGUAUCCUUAUGGAGAAAAACACGAUGAAUUCAAGCAAUUAGCUGAAAGUUCGUCUUCUAGUAAAGAACUUCUAGUGGCCGAUGUUGGGAUUUCAGAUUAUGGAGAUAAGCUAAAUACGGAGUUUGGAGAGAGGUACAAGCUGGAUAAAGAAAACUACCCUUAUUUCUACCUGUUUGUGAAUGGCGAUGUUGACAAUCCUAUUCCCUACACCGGAGUGGUUAAGGCUAGUGCCAUCCAGCAUUGGUUGAAGACCUAUGGGGUAUACUUAGGAAUGCCAGGAUGCCUUGAGGAAUAUGAUAAACUGGCAGGAGAAUUCAUCAAGUCAUCCAGUAUUGAAGAGAGAAGUGAAAUCCUAAAGAAAGGUCAGGCCAUGCUGGCAAAUGUCGGAGAAAUGGGAAAAAAGUCUGCAGAGCAAUAUCUCAAGAUAAUGAGUAAAAUCAUCGACCAGGGGGAGGAUUUUGCCAGCAGUGAGUUUGAGCGUAUUACGAAACUGAUCGAGAAGAACAAAAUGAGUGAGUCCAAGAAGGAGGAUCUUCAGAAAAGACUUAACAUUAUUAGUAGCUUCCAGAUUAAAAGUCAAGAAAAGGAGGAGCUUUGAUCACAGACUAAUGUAAUAUGCUUCCAUCCAAACAGUAUUCUUUUAAUGUGACCUGACAUUGUAUCUGAAUACCAAUGUUGUACUCCAAAUAGAAGCUGUAAAUGCUUCUGUCUCAGUAUUUGUUUAACAUAAAGUUAUAAAUGUGUAAAGCUAUAGCCCUUGUACUCAAGCUUUUCUUCUUAAUCCGGUAUACUAUAGCCAAUGUGCCAUUAAUUUGGAAUUCCAAAUAUGAGAUUGCGCUAUAUCCCAGAAAAGUACAUUUUCUGUUUCAAUAAGUUUGUAAUCAAGGUUGGCAAAGUUG